AUGCGCUUCACGCUAUCGUAUAUUAAUGUACAUUACCCUAUUUUGGGUAAUGACGAUUCCGGAAAUGAUAAGGCGACUACUCUGAAUAAGACGACGGAAGACAAUGAUGAUAAAUCGGCAACCAGCAACGCAGACGACCCGCUGUCAGCAUUUAACCAGAUGGAUAUCAAUACUUACCUGAGUGGAAGAAAAUCAAAGGAUAAACGUAUAAAAAAUAUGACAUGCGAAUGUACCUACGAUGAAGAUGAUCCAAACUUUAUUGGUUGCGGAGAAAACUGCUUGAACCGUAUGUUAUUUAUUGAAUGCGGCUCUAAAUGUUCCUGUGGGAAAUUUUGUACCAAUCGUAGAUUUCAAAUGGCCGAGUACCCAAAAGUUGAAGUAUUCAAGACAGAGAAGAAGGGAUUUGGAUUAAGGACUCUUGAAGAUUUAGAAGACAAUCAAUUCGUACUGGAAUAUUGCGGGGAAGUUAUCGAUCUGAGAGAAUUUGAACGAAGAAAACGCGACUACGCAAAGAAGAAAAUUAAACAUUACUACUUCAUGACACUAAGCCCAAAUGAGAUUAUUGAUGCAUCACGUAAAGGCACUUUCUCUAGAUUUAUUAACCAUAGUUGUGAUCCUAACUGUGUUACGCAGAAGUGGACGGUAAAUGGCAUGUUGAGAAUUGGCUUCUUUACUUUGCGAAAGAUUCCAGCUAAUACUGAACUAACAUUUGAUUAUCAGUUCGAACGAUACGGGAGAGAAGUUCAAGAAUGUUAUUGCGGCUCUGAAAAAUGCCGUGGUUACCUAGGUGCACCAAAGAAUGAUUCGCGCCAGAAAGAUGAAGGCUCAGCUGCGGAGUCAGAUGGCGAUGAAUUAUCUGAAUUCGAAGAAGAAGUUCAAUCCUUAACAGAAAAUGAAAGAGGCUUAGAAGAUGUAGAUUCUACGUUGAAACUGUGUCGAUUGAUGAUUCGAGCUGAAACUACGGAGCAUCGAUUGAGAUUGCUUAAUGUCCUUCAGGAUAGUGCAAGUUCUGUAUAUUUAAAGCAUUUUGUAAAGUACCAUGGUUUAUCCUUGCUUUGGAGCUGGAUGGUAGACAGCGAUGAAAGUGACAUAGAGUUACGAUCAGAAAUUUUGCAUACUUUAAAGUUGCUUCCUAUUACAUCGCGCAAUAUGCUAGAAGAUAGCAAAAUAAUGCACGUAGUAAAAAAGUGGGCUCAAAGUACGCCUGUGGAAGAAAAUAUUACCGUUAAUGGGAUGACUGAGAAAACUGUUGCUUUGGAAGAAUUACCUAAUCAAAACUCGGACCAGAAAACUGUUACUGACGAGAAUAACGAUAUCCAAGAAGAUUCAAGUAUAAGCCUUGGAAAAGAAAGUGCUUCUCCUAGCUUAUGUAGUGCUAGUGAAGACAUGCCUUGCCAAGUAAACGAUUCUGAAGCCGAUACAAUCACUGAAGUAAAAAUGGACAUUGAAGAUGAUACUGAAAAAAUGACCGAAAAUAUAGCGUCAUCGGAUGAACAUAUCGAUGCAGCUAUCACCAAGGAUGAUGCUAGUGAAAUUACCACGGUAGCAAAUGAUCUUCUUUCAUCUUGGAGCACUUUAAAGGAAGUAUAUCGCAUCCCGAAGAAAGUCACCGUUGAAGAAGUUAGUACUCCAGAAAGCUCGAAAAGUGUCCAACAAAAGAUCGAAACUAUUAUUAGUGGUACAAAUUCCGAGAGUGAUCCAGUGGAAAAAAAUUCUGAACGUAAUGGAUCUAGUGAAAGAGAAAGUAGGGACAAACGAGAUUCUUCCCCACCUAGACAUCGCUAUUCACACCAUAAUCACCACCAUGAACAUUCUUAUCGCCGAAGGAGCUACCGUAAUUCAUCGCCUCGGUCAAGUUCCUAUAGACGUGAUCAUCGUUCUAAUAGAGACCGGGACAGACUUCAUUCAGAAAAGCGAAAGCGUAGAAGUGGCAGUCGUGAUAGUCCAACAAGAAGUUUUGAAGAUAAACGAGAUCGUAAAGACGAUCACGAGAGAAAAUCAGGUCAUGAUAGGAACGAAAGACGUGAUGAAAAGCCCAAUAAGUAUACCCCUUCACCAAAGUCUUCUACGAUAAAUAACGAUUCUGAAAUGAAAGAAACUGAUAAUCAGAAUUCGUCGGUUACAGCGUCAAAUCACGUAAACCCGCCUACUAUUCAGCCGACAACCGUUUACAAUCAAUAUCCUACGACCUAUGCAGCACAGUGGCAACAGAAUCAAAUGAUGUACUAUCAACAACAACAACAACAACAAAUGGCUAUAUACAAUCAGUUGCGUAUGUUUCAUGCGCAACAACAACCUAUUCCGCGUUUACCUGCUGUGAAUCAAGUACAAGAGCAACAAAGGCAGGAAAUGCCAGCUUCUGAUCCGCCACAAGAUUCUUCAAAUGUCGAGCAGAAGUCAUUGAAAGAUGUUCCACCUCUGCCACCAGAUUGGCGCGCCGCCAUCGAUCAACAAGGAAGAAUAUAUUAUUAUAACAUACAUACCAGAGUUUCACAAUGGCAACAGCCGACCGUUACAGAUGUUACAGAUAAAAUUAAAAAAAUUUCGAGUACAAACGAUUCCAUCACCGCCAGCACCGAAGUAGAAGAUCAUUCUGUAGUAAAGGAUGGUAUUCAACCGUUAUCUCCAAGAGUAAGCACAAAAGAGCUUACAUCGAACCCAGAAGUAAAAGUAAACACCAAAGAUAGAAUAAUUGAUAAGAAAGUUAAGGAAGAAUUUAGACAGAAGAUUACUCCAACAAUCAUUGAACAUCUUAAUCCGUACCGCAAGCCAGACUGUAAGACCGGCCAUAUUACUUCUAAGGAGGACUUUAAAGCCUUAGCUCGCAAGUUAUCGUAUGGUGUCCUGGACAAGGAAACUAAACGUUUAAAACCCAGUGAAAGUCUAAGAGUAACUGAUUCUGUAAAGCAUCGAAUAAAAAAUUUUAUUCGACAAUACAUGGAAAAGUGUGGUCCUGUUUACGAACCUAGCAAACGAAAAGAUGACAAUAAAGGUGUCAUGCCAGACAUGGAAUAA